UCUUUCAUCAUGUCUGGACCUGUGUAAGUAGUUUUCGUCAGCUUUCAACCCCUCUCUUCGCCCCAAAGCCAAUUACCCCACCACCCCGCUAUCGGCCUCCAAUGCUCACGGCGUUGACUACGAUGACUGCCAAAUCGCGCAAGUCGGUGUCCGUCAUGAUGUUCCGGCCCUAGUGCGGGCUCACGGGAGGUGGCAGUGGACGUUGGCCUCCAGCUACUUGCUCCUCCUGUUUGACCUGGACACAGUAAUGUACUCAUGCAAUGCAGCGCUCGUCUGGCCAACAUUGUGGCUGGCGUUGUGCCUGCUCCGAGGUCCCGUUCCGUUUUUUUUUCGCAACUGAAUACUACUACCUGCUGCUUCUGAGCAUUGAAGCUGACGAUUUACCACAGCGCUGAUAUGGGCCUCAUCGGCCUGGCCGUCAUGGGUCAGAACAUUAUCCUGAACGCUGCCGACCACGGUUUCACCAUCGCUGCCUUCAACCGUACUGUCUCGAAGGUCGACAAGUUCCUCGCCAACGAGGCCAAGGGCAAGUCCAUUGUCGGUGCUCACUCCAUUGAGGAGUUUGUUUCCAAGCUCAAGAGCCCCCGCCGUGUCAUGCUGCUCGUCCAGGCCGGCAAGGCCGUCGAUGACUACAUUGAGACCCUCAUCCCCCUUCUCGAGCAGGGCGACAUCAUCAUUGAUGGUGGUAACUCUCACUUCCCUGACUCCAACCGCCGCACCAAGUACUGCGCCUCCAAGGGAAUCCGCUUCGUCGGCUCCGGUGUCUCCGGUGGCGAGGAGGGUGCCCGCUAUGGCCCCUCUUUGAUGCCCGGCGGCAACGAAGAGGCUUGGCCUUACCUCAAGGACCUCUUCCAGUCCAUCAGUGCCAAGAGCGAUGACGAACCCUGCUGCGACUGGGUUGGUGAUGAGGGUGCUGGCCACUACGUCAAGAUGGUCCACAACGGUAUCGAGUACGGUGACAUGCAGCUCAUCUGCGAGGCCUACGACAUCAUGAAGCGUGGUCUCGGCCUCUCCAGCAAGGAGAUCGGUGAUGUCUUCGCCAAGUGGAACAAGGGUGUCUUGGACUCUUUCCUGAUUGAGAUUACCCGUGACAUCAUGUACUUCAACGACGACGACGGCGUCGCCCUUGUCGAGAAGAUUCUCGACAAGGCUGGCCAGAAGGGUACCGGCAAGUGGACUGCGGUCAACGCUCUUGACCUUGGCAUGCCCGUCACCCUCAUUGCCGAGGCUGUCCUCUCUCGCUGUCUGUCCGCCAUCAAGGAGGAGCGCACCAAGGCUUCUACCCUCCUUUCCUACGUUGGUCGCAACAACAAGUUCGAGGGCAACAAGGAGCAGUUCAUCGACGACCUCGAGCAGGCUCUUUACGCCUCCAAAAUCGUCUCCUACGCCCAGGGUUUCAUGCUCAUGCAGGAGGCCGCUAAGGAGUAUGGUUGGAAGCUGAACAAGCCCUCCAUCGCCCUCAUGUGGCGCGGUGGUUGCAUCAUCCGCUCCGUCUUCCUCAAGGACAUCACCAACGCCUACCGCAACAACCCUGACCUCGAGAACCUCCUCUUCGACGACUUCUUCAACAAGGCCAUCCACACUGCUCAGCCUGGUUGGAGAGACGUCGUCUCCAAGGCCGCUCUUCUUGGCAUCCCAACUCCGGCCUUUUCCACUGCCCUCUCCUGGUUCGACGGCUACCGCACCAAGAACCUGCCCGCCAACCUCCUUCAGGCUCAGCGUGACUACUUCGGUGCUCACACAUUCCAAUUCCAGGAGGAUGCGGUGUCCAAAUACAAGCAGGGAAAUUCCAGUGUCCACGUAAACUGGACUGGCCGCGGAGGCAACGUUUCUGCUUCUAACUACAACGCAUAAAAGAUUUCUGGAUGGGUUACGAGUAGAUUUAGGAAAGGGCACGCUAUGAUAUCUGGUAUAAUGGUGCCAAGGGAAUGAAACCAAACGAUUCCACGUAAUUUCCAAAGGAAAAAAAAAAGAUAAACACAGCAUUCAUUACCUGCAGAUGUGACUUUUGCACUAAAGUUAUGAAUACCAAAUGUUGAUGUUUGCCCCUGGUGUCAGCUAACCCUAUGUCGAAUCGCGCCACUUGUUUCGGUGUCGGGACAGGAUGAGACAGAAUUGAGAACUAUAUAUGUGCUUGCCAUAACCUUUCCAUAACGUCUAGGUUGGCAUGAUUUCUGUUCUUGCUGGUAUCCUCAGCGCACCGCUCAGGUCACCACCUACCUAG